UGAAGGCGGAAAAUCCGUCCACUUUUCCAUCGCUCAAAAAUUGAUUUACAUCAUGGCACAGAAAGGAGAUGUCAGCCCAAAGACAGUGGAGGGCUUGUGGCCUCUUAAUGAACAGAUAGAAGAAGUGAGGGGCAAAAUCCAUUUACAAGAGAGAGAUUUAAAGGCAUAUUUAGAGAGCGCGGAAGAGAGAAAGGAGAAGAAUGAAGCUCUGAUUCUGCAACUGAGGCAAGAAAACCGUCAGAAGAGGUCGCUUAUUCAGAAUGGCAUCAUGGGAGACAAGAAGGUUAUCCAUAACGUCUUUAACUCCCGGAAAGAAGAGCUCCUUGCAAUGAAAUCCUACACAUGUAGGCAAGCCAUAAACACCAUGGACGUCCGAGUCUGCGAGGCGAAGAAGUACUUGAAUGAGUUGAAGUACGAGUCAGAAGUGAGACAGUCACGCCUACAGGAGUUACAAGAAAUGCUGGCCCGGCUUAUUGUUAAUCCUGAAUCCGAGGCCGACAAGGAGGGAGAAAGGCGGGUCCACCAGCUACAAAACGAUCUGGACAAAGCUCGGAUCAAAUACGAAACGGCCAAACAUAUCACUAACAGGUAUAAUGAGAUACUGAACUUCAUGCAGGAGGAGUGCCGGAAUUACCCAAGCCGUCUGGAUGCUCUGGAAGAAGCCGUUAUCCAAGCCAGGAGAGAUAGUAAAGAGAUGACCGCCCUCAGUGGCAAAGCCUGCACUACCAGCGAAGUUGCCAAGAGACAAUUGAUGACAACAGAGCGAGAGCUUUAUAGAGCCAAGAAAUCACGUGACCAACUCCUGAACCAGAUGAAAAAAGAAGUGGAGCGCAGACGAGAACCAACCGAAAGAUACGAGCGACGGGGUAGACCAAUGUUAAGCACUGACGCUAUUUCAGAAGCCCAGUCCAGAAAGAGACAGAAUCACAUCCAACGACAACAGAGGGUACUGAAUUACGAGGAUGCCUUCGAGAAAAUCAAAGACUCUGUUAAAGUGUCGGAUAUCAAUGAUGUCGUGUUCCGCGUAGCCAAUCAGGACAACACUCGAGAACAGCUGCAGGCUCAGGAGAAGGAGUUCCUCACAAUCCGCCGUAAACUCGGCAUGGAACUGGAGAAACUGAGAGAGGCCUAUAGUCUGCUGCGAUAUGAAGGAUACUCGAGAGAAGGUGAGCGACUGGUCGAGGAGAUGAAAGGCUACACAGAGAAAGCUGAGGAGAGGAGGGACAACCUGAAGAAAAAACUGGAUGAUGAAACGCAUCUUGUCGUGGACAUCCAGCUGGCUGUUAGCACGCUUUACCAGAAACUGUGGAACGUCAAGCUUAAACCGCCGUUCCACAACUACAGCCGAGGAGAUCCCCUGGAGGACUUACACAACUGUGGCAGGAAGAUCAACGUCCUUCAGAAAGAAAUAGGGAAGGAAGGAAGAGAAAACUUAGACAUGCGACUCAAGUCUCUGAAGUUCCAAGAAUUCAUGGAGAGUCGACUCCCACCGGAUAACUUCAAAGUAAAGGUUGUGGCCGAGGACGAAGAAGACGAUGAUUACUUGUUCGAUCACGACAUAGAUAACGAGAAACUUCUCACCCGAGACGAUAUCAAGCGACGAGGAAACCAGCUGCUGGAAGCCAAACUCAAAACUCGCAAAAAGAAAGGGAAAAAAGGGCGGGCUUGAAUUAUUCGUGAAUUCAGAGAUUAGGAGCUCGUUAACAUACUCAGUUUUGCUAUGUAUAAUUAUAUAUACAUAAUUUUUACACUUCAUUAGUUUGAAACCAACGGAAAGACAAAGCUGCAAAGAUAGCUCGCUCCCAUCAUUAUAUCAAUGUUUUUCAAUCUGCGUGCUUAACGCAAUCUGAUCAGAAUCUAUCCUUUGUAACUAACUUCCACAGAAAUGUGAGAAAUAAAUGUGAAAAAUUAGCGAAACGAAAUAAAACAAAACAAAUUGU